UUUAGUGGAGCGAAAUAUUAUAUUAUGUGUCUUCAGUCUUGUUCUGGAGUCUGUACAUUUAUACCAUGAAAUAUUUUAAGGAUUAUCAGUAAAAUGUGUCUGUUUUCCAUUUGAGGCAGAACUUGUAAAAUUUAGAAUACUGAAGGUUUUCAGAUUUGUACGAAUUUUACUAUGGAUAAAAUUCCGGAAAUAGUGAUUGUUAUUAGUGGUAAAAGGAAAUCUGGUAAAGACUAUGUGGCAUCAUUAAUGUGUAAUAGAAUAGGAAAACACUUGUGUAGCAGUGUCCAGUUGUCUGGUCCGUUGAAGAAACAAUAUGCUGAGGAUCAUAAUUUAAAUUUCGAAAAACUUAUGGAUUCUUCAGAGUACAAAGAGAAGUUUAGAAUUGAUAUGAUCAAAUGGGGCGAAGAUAAACGUACAGAAGACCCAGGAUUCUUUUGUCGCCUAGCAAUAUCAAAAGAAGAUUUGAAGACAAUUUGGAUUAUUACUGAUGCAAGGAGGAAAACAGAUGUUGAAUAUUUUAAAGAAAACUAUACAGACAAGACAUUUACAGUGAGAGUAUGUGCAAACGAAAGUAUCAGAGAAUCCAGAGGGUUUAUAUUUACACCAGGUGUUGAUGAUGCAGAAUCUGAAUGUGGACUAGAUGAAGGAAUCCACUGGGACUAUGUAAUCCACAACAAUGAUGAUCAGAAUCAGUUAGACAAAGACAUUGACCACUUAGUGACAAUUGUACCAGAUAAACUAUGUCAUGUGACAUGAUAAAUUUCUAUACAAUUACAAUUGUCUCAGAUUUCGAAGAGAUUAGUACAACACCCUUUGCAUGAAAGUUUUAACUGCUUUAUGAAUUUUGUAAUGGCAAACCAUCACAGAAAACUACAAAAGAAUUCUCAGAUGCAAGUACAGAAGCAUGUCUCCUUCAGUGAACAAGGAUAUGUGUCUGUGUCCGAUAAUGUCCUUCAAACAAACAUACAAAAAAGUUUCAAGUUGACGGACAACAAGUUCAUAUGGUAUACUAAAAUCAACUACAUGGUAAACUAUCUCAGUUGAAACUUUCACUUGAUAUUAGUUGGACAAAUAAACAGCUGGAAGGAUGCUUAGACUGUAAACAGUAUGCCCUGUGUAAACUAGGUGGUGCUUUAAAAAAUUUAUAUUAGACUCUCUACAUUUUUAUACGACCACAAAAGUUGAAAUUUUUUUGGUCGUAUAUUGGUAUCACGUUGGCAUUGUCAGCGCCAUCAUUUGGUUUUUGCACUCUUACUUUAGUAAAAGUAAAGAAAUCUAUGAAAUUUAAACACAAGGUUUAUGACCAUAAAAGGAAGGUUGGGAUUGAUUUUGGGUGUUUUGGUCCCAACAGUUUAGGAAUUAGGGACCAAAAAAAGGCCCAAAUAAGCAUUCUUUUUGGUUUUUGCACAAUUACUUUAGUAUCAGUAAACAGAAAUCUUUGAAAUUUUAACAUAAGGUCUAUGACCAUAAAAGAAAGGUUGGGAUUGAUUUUGGGGGUUUUAUAGUCCGAACAGUUUAGGAAUUAGGGGUCAAAAACAGGUCCCAAAUAAGCAUUUUUCUUGUUUUUUGCACAAUAACUUUAGUAUAAGCUAAUAGAAAUCUAUGAAAUUUUAACACAAGGUUUAUGACCACAAAAGAAAGAUUUUGAUAGAUUUUGGGAGUUUUGGUACCAACGAAUUAGGGGCCAAAAGGGUCCAAAAUUAAACUUUAUUUGAUUUCAUCAAAAAAUGAAUUAUUGGGGUUCUUUAAUAUGCCAAAUCUAACCAUGUAUUCAGAUUCUUAAUUUUUGGGCCUGUUUUCAAAUUGGUCUACAUUAAGGUCCAAAGGGUCCAAAAUUAAACUAAGCUUGAUUUUAACAGAAAUUAUUGGGGUUCUUUGAUAUGCUGAAUCUAAACAUGUACUUAGAUUUUUAUACGACCGCAAAUUUUGAAAAAAUUUUCGUCGUAUAUUGCUAUCACGUUGGCGUCGUCGUCGUCGUCGUCGUCGUCGUCGUCGUCCGAAUACUUUUAGUUUUCGCACUCUAACUUUAGUAAAAGUGAAUAGAAAUCUAUGAAAUUUUAACACAAGGUUUAUGACCAUAAAAAGAAGGCUGGUAUUGAUUUUGGGAGUUUUGGUCCCAACAUUUUAGGAAUUAGGGGCCAAAAAGGGCCCAAAUAAGCAUUUUCUUGGUUUUCGCACUAUAACUUUAGUUUAAGUUAAUAGAAAUCUAUGAAAUUUUGACACAAGGUUUAUGACCACAAAAGAAAGGUUGGGAUUGAUUUUGGGAGUUUUGGUUUCAACAGUUUAGGAAUAAGGGGCCAAAAAAGGGCCCAAAUAAGCAUUAUUCUUGGUUUUCGAACAAUAACUUUAGUUAAAGUAAAUAGAAAUCAAUGAAAUUUAAACACAAUGUUUAUGACCACAAAAGGAAGGUUGGUAUUGAUUUUGGGAGUUUCAGUCCCAACAGUUUAGGAAUUAGGGGCCAAAAAGGGACCCAAAUAAGCAUUUUUCUUGGUUUUUGCACCAUAGCGUUAGUAUAAGUAAAUAGAAAUCUAUGAAAUUUAAACACAAGGUUUAUGACCAUAAAAGGAAGGUUGGUAUUGAUUUUGGGAGUUUUGGUCCCAACAGUUUAGGAAAAAGGGGCCCAAAGGGUCCAAAAUUAAACUUUGUUUGAUUUCAUCAAAAUUGAAUAAUUGGGGUUCUUUAAUAUGCCGAAUCUAACUGUGUAUGUAGAUUCUUAAUUUUUGGUCCCGUUUUCAAAUUGGUCUACAUUAAGGUCCAAAGGGUCCAAAAUUAAACUUAGUUUGAUUUUAACAAAAAUUGAAACCUUGGGGUUCUUUGAUAUGCUGAAUCUAAAAAUGUACUUAGAUUUUUGAUUAUUGGCCCAGUUUUCAAGUUGGCCCAAAUCGAGGUCCAAAAUUAAACAUUGUUUGAUUUCAUCAAAAAUUGAAUAAUUGGGGUUCUUUGAUAUGCCAAAUCUAACUGUGUAUGUAGAUUCUGAAUUUUUGGUCCAGUUUUAAAAUUGGUCUAAAUUAAAGUGCAAAGGGUCCAAAAUUAAACUAAGUUUGAUUUUAACAAAAAUUAAAUUCUUGGGCCUCUUUGAUAUGCUGAAUCUAAACAUGUACUUAGAAUUUUGAUUAUGAGCCCAGUUUUCAAGUUGGUCCAAAUCAGGAUCUAAAAUUAUUAUAUUAAGUAUUGUGCAAUAGCAAGUCUUUUCAAUUGCACAGUAUUGUGCAAUGGCAAGAAAUAUCUAAUUUCACAAUAUUGUGAAAUAGCAAAAUUUUUUUUAAUUAAGAGUUAUCUUUCUUUGUCCAGUAUAGUAAGCAAGAAAUAUCUGCAAGAAUUUUUUUUAAUUGGAGUUAUCUUUCUUUGUCCAGAAUCAACUUAAAUCUUUGUUAUAUACAAUAUACAAUGUAUAUUCACUUUUUACUACCAACUGAUAAAUUUAAAUAAUCUUUACCAUUCAGUGAUAACAAGCAGUUUUUUACAUCUUAAUAUUUUAUGAUGUAUUUUAAUGAGUAGUAAUUGUUGCAAACUCCAUUAGAAUAUUUUAAUUGAAAUUAGUUUUGGAAUAAGGGAAAGGGGGAUGUGAUUAAAAAAUUGGGUUUAAUUUUUCUCAUUUGAAAUUUCAUAAAUAAAAAGAAAAUUUCUUCAAACAUUUUUUUGAGAGGAUUAAUAUUCAACAGCAUAGUGAAUUGCUCUAAGAGAAAACAAAAAUUUUAAGUUCAUUUGAAUACAUUCAUUCUGUGUCAGAAACCUAUGCUGUGUCAACUAUUUAAUCACAAUCCAAAUUUAGAGCGGAAUCCAGCUUGAAUGUUGUGUCCAUACUUGCCCGAACCGUUCAGGGUUCAACCUCUGC